AUGUCGGGAAGAAAAUAUAUAGCCCGGUCGUUCUCUGAAGAAUCGCGAUUGGGGGUUGGGGGAGCCCGAGUAAUGAACAAGAACUGUAGCAUGUGCUUAAGUGCCGCUCACAACCAAGGGGGACCGGAGUGCUGGGUGAGGACGGAGAGCAAAGAGGAGGAGAGCAAGAAAUGCAACGCCAAGGUAGGGAAGCGCCCUGGGCUGGAGAAGAGCUCUAAGCAGGGAGACACCUCCCUUCCCCCACCCCGUCCCUUCCGGGACUGCGGAAGACGCGCUCGGGACUCGGGAUCCCCUGCGAGCCGAAAGCGCGCCCAGCGCAGCCCCGGAGCCAAUCCCGACUAGCUCCCCAGGCCACCCCGCUUUCGGGCUGCUGCGCAUCCUUCCCCGGACGGGCAGCAUCCCCGGCCGAGGCAGGAAGGUGUCCGGGGCCGGCGAGCGCUCCGGCAGCCGGACCCGGCGCGUGAGAGAAGCCCGCCAGGAUGCGGCUCUUGCGGCACCAAGCAGCGCCCGCCCAGCAGCGCCUCCCGCCCGUCUGCGCUGCCUCCAUCCGCGAGGGACUCCCCGGAGACGGAGUUCCCUCGGAAACCCCGAGGCGGGCGGGCGGUGGGAUCUCCUCCCUCGGCCGCCCCGCCACCUCGGCGCGCCCCUGUCGCGGGAAGAGGCGGAAGAGGCCUCUGCGGAUGCACCUACCCGGGCGGCGGCGGCGGCGGGGAGGGAGGUGGGCGAGGAGGCCCCGGCGCAGGUGCUUGGCGGCGAUCCGGGACGCGGCUGGGCUGGGCUCAGCUCCGCCUCUCGGCGCUCGCCUCCAUGGAAGCGUCGCGGCGCCGGCUGCUCUUCCUCCUCUUCCUCCGGCUGCGCCGGCUGCUGCUGCUUGUGCCGCCGCCGCCGCCGCGGCAGCUGCAGACCCAGUGUGCCAGCGAAGAGGGACCCAUAGCGCGGCUGCGGGGCCCGACUGCACAUGCUCCCUCUCCUGCCCCCGCCCCCUCGCUUAACCCUUCCGCUGCCGCGCCUGCAAGAGGAGGGGGCGCGGCGCGGGGGGAGCGAAGGCGGGCGGGCGCCUCCGCCGCCGGGUCUCCUUCGCGGGCGGGGCCCGGCUCUCUUCCGCCGCCCGAAAGCGCCCCCGCCGCUCCGGCCCACUCGUUCGCCGCCGCUGCCCGGAUUGGCUUGGCGAGGCGCAGCCCGCGAAGGGUUACUUCUUCUCCUUCGAGUCCUUUGUCAGCUACAUCCGCUUGCUUUGAAUAAUUUACCCGGCAGAUUUGCAGGCGGCGCGUUCCUUCCGUCCGGCAACCGGCAAGAGGCCCAGAAUCUCCGGGAGUCCCGAGGCCAGAGGAUGGGCCUGUACGUGACCCGCCUGUGAGUCAACCAUGCCAAGGCUUGCGGUGUGCUGGAGACGAUGUGGGAAGAGAGACGAAUCCUCCCUUGGCCAACAUGCCCCGGAGCUGCCUGCCAUCUAUCCUGUUCUCAUAGUGACCCAGGGAUGUAUGGGAUAAAUACAUGCAUUACCUGGUACCUCCCCACCUGCUGCUAGGAGUCCUGGGGGAUAAGGUUAUCUAUGGCUACUGGAGAGGGUGGAAUUUGGCAUGGGCAUAACCAGGAUUUUUGUUAGGGGGGAAGAGAAACUCAGAUUUGUAUUGAUUUUAGAUUUUUAUUGAUUAUGGGGGGCAGCUGCUCCCUCCGCCCCCUCCCUUGGCUACGCCCAUGGGCUUUCGUCAUCUUCGGUAAAAGUGCCCUAAGCGAGGCCAAAAUGGAUCUUCUCAGUUAUGGCUCUUCUCAGUUUUGCCCCCUUCGUUUUGGGACCCUGCACAGGGGAACUGCCCGCACUGCCCAAAAUCCGAUGCUGGCUGCUGGCCACAAUGUCUAUGUUCUGCCUCCGCUGUCAGAGGCAGCACGGCUCUGAAUACCGGUUGCUGGAGGUCGCAGGUAGGGAGAAUGCUGUUGCACUCAAGUCCUGCCUGCGGGUUUUCCUUGGGUAUCUGGGCUGGCCCCUAUGAAAACAGGAUGCUGAGUUAGAUAGGCCACUGACCUGGUCCAGUAGGGCUCUUCUUAUGAAAUACUGUACAGGAACCAGGAGAAGAUCUCUGGUCUGUUAUGUCUGUGCUGCAAUUCAGUGCUAUAUCUAUAGCUCUUCAUAAAGGCCAGAGAAACUCACUUGGACUCAAUAUUCCUAUGUGGCAUAAUAUAUUUUUAACACACUCUCAGCAAAGCUGGGAGACACAAGCAAAAGGGAGAUGUGCUCUUGUGUAGCUUCCAGUCAUUUCAUAAACUCAUAGAAUUGUAGGGUUGGAAGGGUUCCCAAGGGUUAUCCAGUCCAACCACCUGCAAUAUGGGAAUCUCAGCUAAAGCAUCCAUGACAGAUGGCCAUCCAACCCCUGCUUUAAAUCCCACAAUGGAGAGCUCACCACCUUCCAAGGGAGGCCAUUCCACUGUCAAAAGAAGCUCUUACAAUCAGAAAGUUCUCCCAGAUAUUUAGUUUCUUGUAACUGGAAGCCAUUGGUUCAAGUUCUGCCCUCCAGAGCAGGAGUAAACAAGCUUGCUCCAUCUUCCCUGUGACAUUACUUGAGAUAUUUGAAGAUGGCUAUCAUAUUGCCUCUCAGUCUCCUCUUUACCAGGCCUAAACAUACCCAACUCCCUCAACUGUUCCUCAUAAGGCUUGGUUUCCAGACCCUUGAUCAUCUUGGUUGCCCUCCUCUGCACAAGUUCCAGGUUGCCCGUGUCCUUCUUAAAUUGUAGUGCCCAGAACUGGACACAGUACUCCAGGUGUGAUCUGAUUAAGGCAGAAUAGAGAGGUACUAUUACUUCCCUUGAUUUCUGUUGAUGCAGCCUAGAAUAGCAUUAGCCUUUUUUGUUGCUGUAUCACACUGUUGACUCACAUUAAGCUUGUGGUCUACAAAGAUCCAUAGACUUUCACAUAUACUUCUGGCAAGCCAGGUGUUCCCCAUCUUAUAUUAGUGCAGCUGGUUCUCCCUGCCUAAGUACAGAACCUUAUAUUUGCCCUUAUUGAAAUGCAUUUUGUUAGGUUGGGCUCAGUUCUUCAAUCUGUUAAGGUUAUUUUGAAUCCCGAUUCUGGCUUCUGCUGCAUUAGGUAUCCCUCCCAGUUUGGCAUCAUCUGCACAUUUGAUGAGCAUCCCCUCAGUUCCUUCAUGCAAGUUGUUUCAGUAGGAUUUGGGUAGAGACUUCCAUGGGUGCCUGCACUCCCAAGUAAUUUACUCUUAGAAAAGUAUUUGGCUGUUUAAAUGAAAUUUUACCUUCACUACAGGCCAUCUGUUUUGCUGAACUGACACUCUCGUGCUAUACCCUUCGCUGCAACUAAAACCCAGCUAUUCAAGUUCUGAAAAAUGUUGCCCAGUUACUCCAAUAUGAAAUUAUGCAGUUGUUAGAGGCCUGAUCUUGUUGAUUAGCAGCUGCUGUGUUCUGUUUUGUAGGUGACUGACCAGUCUGAACUAGAAAUUUACCACUGUAAUCUCUCUAUUCCAGCUACUUGAAAUUAGAGAUAAAAAGCAUCCCCAGUGCCAUGUCACAUCAACAUGUCAUAAAGAAGAGUUCUAA